UUUGGAGCUUUGCAACUCCGAACCGGCAGCGGAAGUUAGGUCUCUAAUCAAAUUUGGGUUGCGGAUAACGUCUUCAUCCUCCCAAACUGCUUGAAUCUUUCAAUUUGAAGUCGAUUUAACGUUCAACCGAUUUGAUUUCAUUCACCAAUUAUCUUCAGGAGAGCAGUUAUAUAUCUAUUGAUAAAGCCUAGAUGUUCACAACUGAUUUAAGUUCGAUGAGUGAAAAAGAAUCGAGUAAUACAAGGAAAAAUCUCCAAAUGCAUGAGAUAAAAGAACGUCCACGCAUUAAUCUUCCGGCACUUCGUGGCUUCUUGUUGCAGUUUCCUGGAAAACUUCAGAAGCAUCUGAAGUCAAGGUUCAAGAGGCCAACAGAAAAAGUGGGAGGAAACAGGGAGAUGUUCAAACUGAAGGAUUCAAAAUUCAAUCUAGAAAAGCAACUGCAGGCUUGGAGAAAAAAUCCUGUGUGGGAUGAUAAUCAACCCCCUGGAAUUGAGGUCAUUGUACCCAAAGGGUCUUUUUGCCAACUAAAUGUAAAAGUGAAUGUGGGCUUGCCCCCAGAUGCAAUAUACAAUAUUGUCACCGACCCAAACAAUAAAAGGGUCUUCAAGAAUAUUCAGGAAGUACUAUCCAGAAAGGUUUUGCUUGAUGAAGGUUCAAGGCAGGUUGUUGAAUUGGAGCAAGCUGCUAUAUGGAGGUUUCUGUGGUGGUCAGGAACCAUUGCGGUUCAUGUAAUGGUAGAUCAGAACCGAGAAGAUUACUCAAUGAAAUUCAAGCAAGUUAAACCAGGAUUUAUGAAAAGAUUUGAAGGUAGUUGGAGAGUAGAACCCAUUUUACUUGAUGAAAAACUAUGCCAUCCCUUCAAGCCAAAGACUUUAUCAGAGUAUAUGUCAUACACUCAAGGCAAAGGAAGAAUUGCAUCAAAAGUAACCCUGAAACAACUAAUUGAACCUGCUAUUGUUCCUCCCCCACCCAUUUCUUGGUAUCUUAGGGGAAUCACAACAAGAACUACCGAAAUGCUCAUAAACGAUUUACUCGAUGAAGCUGCUAGAAUCAAAGGCGUUUCAGGCACCGAUCAUAUCGUCACAACAGAAUCAGAUUUACGUCAGGGAUUAUCGGACGAACGAUUGCCCGAUGAAACGUUUGAUAUCAAAGAAAGAUGGGCAUUGCGGAGAAGAAAAGCUCGGAAACCGAUGUGAAGGAAGAUUGCGUUUUGAGAUGAUCGAGUUCGUUAAUUUCGGUAAGUAACUUCAUGGCUCUAAAUUACUUGUGAUCAUUUUGUUUUUAGAAUCUUGAUAUUUGCAUAUUAUACCACUUGAUGCUAAUGCUCCUUGCAUUUGUUUUCUUGAGUUUUUAUAGUAUAAUGUGUAUGAUUGCAUGUUAUUAUUUUGUAUGACAUGUACUUAAUUAUGUGAUCCAAAAUAACAUAUGGUAAAUAAGUUCAUUUUUA